AUGCCAGUCACCUUCUCGCCAGGCUGCGGUCCCAGCCCUACCGUUACUACUCUCGCACCUAUAGCUGGAUGGGAUUCAUGCUAUUUUAGCUAUGUCAUCACUGAUGGGUCCUGCACCAUAACUAUCAACAAAGUUUUUGCUCCAUGCCAGUGUGACGCUUCUGGUAACUGCUCAGGACCUUCAACGGCUAGUACCUCCCUAGCCAAUACGUCUCACACUGUACCUUGUAACGGCCAGCCAAUUCCCAUCUCAGUCACUAGCACUAACGGCUCUGUGUCCUCUGUUUCAGGAUCAUGCACGUACAAGAAAGCAGGUUCUGCCACUACAUAUAAUACCAGUGCUGGAAUUUCACUGACCAAGUCAAACAUGCUAAUUGCUGCUAGUUUAGUGCUUUGUGCUGUUAUCGCUAGCUUUUAA